AUGAAGCAGGACAAAUUAGACCAGAGCUUCUGCUUCCUUUCAGAUGACGAGGCUGAAGAUGAUGAUCAGACGGUCAAGAACAGAUCUGUCCUUAACAAUCAUUGUAAUGUCUCUAAACAGCCGUGCAUCCUCAUCAUGGACUCCCUCACCUGCGGUGGAAGAUCAUCAGUGGUGCAGAUACUCCAAGAGUACUUACAAGAGGAAUGGAAGGUCAAAAUGGGCUCUGAACAGAGUUUUGGAAAUGGAGUGAUGGAUGGAUGGAGUCCCAUCGUCCCAAAGCAGGAUAACUAUACAGACUGUGGCAUCUUCCUUCUGCAGUAUGUGGAGAGCUUCCUCAAGGACGCACCACAAUCUUUCCAUCGCAGCAUGGACCUGAAUGGCUGGUUUUCACAGAGGACAGUGAAGAGGAAAAGGAGGCAAAUCAAACGGCUCAUUCUCAGACUUCACAGGCAGCAAAAAGUUUAAUUUUUUCAGGUCAUAUACUUCCUACAGAUAAUUUAUUGUUACCACAAAAACCGUUACAACCCUUCCUUCAGGAUUUUUUUAAUGGAAGGAAAUUAA